CCCGUGUUCCUCGCCGCGUCCGUGACACGAAAAUGACUUGAUCUUGAACUCAACUCCCUCAUUGGACCCCAACCUGCGCCAGUCCUCAAUCCGAAAAAGCCAGGCGCUAUGACAGGCCGAAGUCGAAGACCCGGCAAGAUCGCAUGAUGUCACACUGGUUCACGCUUCAGGAGUCUGACGACGAUGAGAGCGUGGUUGAAGAAGCCGAGAACCUUCUGGCGCAGUUCUUGGGGUCUUCCAAGCCUGUGAAACGCGAAGCCACACAGUCCGUCGAUCGAACCGAAACCCCGACGAUCCACGACCGAUCCCCCGCCACCGGAGGCACUCGCUCGUUGACCCUACCCCGCACGCCAGAGUCUCUGAGACCGAGAUCUCAGGAUAAGCUGCCCAUCACCGAUCACUCGCAAGUAUCGGACUCGACCAAGGCGGACUCGACCAAGGCAGCACGAGCGCGACGUUCGGGUCGUUCGCGGAAAGGCCCCGCUAACUAUUACGAUCGCUCCAACUACCAAGGCUUCGGGUCGAGCAGUGAAGUUAGCCAAGACCACGAAGAGGCCUUGGUGAGGUCUUCGCGACCACGGAAAGGUCCUGCUGAAAGCUAUGAUGGGUCGAACGAUGAAGGAUCUGGGCUGGAUCGUGGAGUUAGCCGAGGUCGUGAAGAGACUGUGGUGAGGUCUUCGCGACCACGAAAAGGUCCCGCUAACUACUAUGAUCGUUCGAACUACGAAGGCUUCGGGUUGGACGGCGGAGCUAGCCGAAGUCGUGGAGAUAAUUUGUUGAGAUCUUCGCGACCACGAAGGGAUCGCAGUGAUAGCCUGGUACCAAAUCCCCUUCGGCGCAGAAGAGGUCGCAGCUAUGCAUCAUCACCAUGUUCCAGUGUCCAGCAUGAGCCCGAACGACCACACCCCGAUUCAUGCCUAGCGACACCUCCAUUGCACUAUACACAAUCCGGCCCAGCCAAAGAUCCAUCGAACACAUUGACGGCACUUCUACAACAACGUCAGUUGGGACGUUCGACAGCGCGCAAGAUCCGUAUCCAGGCUUCCGACAACCUCGAAAAAUCUUGGACUUGGAAAGGCGCUUCCGGUGAUGUGAUUGUCUUGGGGUGGUCGCCCGAUGGUACCAAGUUCGCAGCCGGAGCAGCUGCCCAGUGCGACGAGGACAACAUGGCAUAUAACCGAAACAACAAUCUGCUGUUUGGAGAUUUGACCACGAAUACUUUGCAAGAGCUACCGGAUCACUGGGUACCCCGACCGCGGACGAGGGCAGCCAACAAUUUGAACCUUCACGAUUCUCGACUCUUCAUGAGUGUGACCGCCAUUGAAUGGUGGGAUGACGCUCUCUUCACGGCAAGCUAUGACAAUACCGUGAGACUGUGGCAUUCAUCCAGCAAGGGUACAGGGUGCUUCGAACAAUUGUGGCAUGAUACCAGGGUUGAAGUGAUGGCCCGCUCGAAAUACGUGCCCAAUUUACUGGCAACGGGGACGCGUGAGAUCGGCCUCUGGAGACUGGACGAGCGUACUUACACAUUCCUCGAAACCCGCAAAUCUCGUUCGAACAAAGCUAUUGAGAUGGUGCCUUCCUCCCUUGCGUGGGGCACGAUUCAAGAAACUGGCAACAUCCUCCUUGCCGGAUUGUGUGAAAAGGGUCAUGAUAGCCUAACGCCCGAUGGCCAGUUGGUGGCUUGGCAAGUGAGCGAGGCUUCAAUUACGCCCCUCAAUCUCUUACCCGGCUCCCAAAACGUAUUCGAUAUCAAGUGGCACCCGUCUUUACCAGUUGCUGCCGUGGCGAACUACAUUGCUCACUCCCCCUACAAGGCCUUCAAAGAAAGCAGAUCAUCCGUUCGUAUCUAUGAGCCGCUGAGAUCGAAAGUUAGUGUCAUGGAAUUCGAAUGCCCUGCUUUGGAUAUCAACGAUGUGACAUUUUGUCCUACGAACACGAACUACCUCACUGCUAGUUGCACUGAUGGAGCGACAUACGUCUGGGACUAUCGCAACCCGGCAGAGAUUCUGCACAAACUUCAGCAUGGUGAAGUGCUGAAUCCGCUAGAUCAGAAUCAGAGUCGCGAGCAAGCAGAUGUUGGCGUGAGAACGGCUCUGUGGGGCAACACGGUUUGCGAAUUCUACAGUGGAGCCACCGACGGGGUGGUGAAAAGAUGGAAUAUUCUCCGAGCUUCAGAAGAUGUCCUCGAGAAAGACCUUGCAAGGCUUGACGAGGAGAUCAUGAGUCUCUCCUUCUCACCCGAUAAAACCAAUCUCUUAGUUGGGGAUGCCGCUGGCGGAAUUCACAUGCUAUCUUCGGGGCCCUUCUCGCGCACGGACGAUAAUGCUAUUGAAUACAAACCUGCUUGUGAACCACCAAGGACCGUGUCCCCCGAUAAGCCGGACACUGGAGUCGCUGCAGGCGCCGAGUUGCUGCGGUCUGGCCAGCUUGAGCGGCAUCCUGUCUAUGGGGUUGGAAAAGGCCCGUACUACGAUGGUCCAUUCGCGGCGUGGGCGCGACCAGAGAACACGCCGGCCGAUGAGCUUGCGUAUACGAGGCUGGCAGACAAGUGGCAGGCUCUGCAGCUCGAUGGGCUUGACCCUAGGUAUCGGUUUGCACUGGAAGAGAAAGACCGACAGCAGGUGGAGUUGCAACGGAAGAUCGCGCAGGCACGGAACCAGCGGGCUGGUUACAAGAAACGGAUCCAUGUGGAUGCAAAGGGUAUCAUUGAUCUGUGCAGCGACGAGGAGUCAGAGAUCUCUGAGCCACCCUACAAACCCAAGCGGCGACUGGUGGAAUCCCAUAUGAACGUGGCAGGGGUCGAUGUGAUUGACUUGACCUCAGAUAUGGUGCAGGCCCCAAUCCCUGAGCCUCCUAUCUCAACUGUACCCGCUGUCUCGUCCGCACCGGUUCGUCCUCUCUUGUCGAGUCCUGUCGAUGAAGAUCUACGCGAGGCGCUAGAGGAAGAUUUCUGGUGGCCGCCGAACGAAACGGUGGAUCCAAAUUUCAAAGAUGACUGAAUACCAUAUGCAUGGAGUGUCGAAGAUCUACACGUUCAGUGCCAUGUGGGUAGCUGGUCAUGCCUUCAUAUGCACCUUGAUUCAUGAUAGGGAACUAUUUUUCAUGUCACAUAGCAUCAUUUAGAAAGCGAAGCCGUAUUAAUACACUAUUCAAAUGGGC